AUGGAUGCAGCUCGAGGUACAAAACAAGUCGGAAUUGCAACGUCCUUUGAAGAAUCAAAUGUUACGGUUAUGUGUAGCAUGAAUGCUGCAGGUGGCUACAUACCUCCAUUCUUCAUUUUCCCACGCAAGCAAACGAGUGUUACUCUCGAAACUGGAGGCCCCUUAGGCGCUGUAUACCAGUGUUCCGACAACGGAUGGAUGAACCAGGACUUGUUUGCAGACUGGCUGAAACAUUUCAAUAAACAUGCAAAACCUUCAAUAGCUGACCCUGUUUUACUUGUUUGUGACAAUCAUGGGAGCCACAUUUCCUUAGAUAUGUAUGAAUUUUGCAAAAUCCAUCACAUUCACGUUGUUUCACUUCCACCUCACAAAUCCCACAAGAUGCAACCCUUGGAUGUGACAUUUUACGGUCCUUUGAAAAAUGCAUAUUAUCGUGAAUGUGAACUCCAUUUGAAAAUAACAGCCCAUGAAAAGAUAAACAUGCAUGAGCUAGCCGGUUUAUUUAAUAAAGCUUAUGACAAGGUGGCAACAAUGGAGAAAGCCAUAACUAGAUUUCAAAAUCUGCCGGAAUAUUUCCUCUCAAUAGGGACAAAUUUACAGCUGAUAAUUUUGCUCCUGCUGAAGAGUUUAGAACUGCAAAUGUCGACUUGGGACGUAACACGAGAGAAAAAGGAAAAAUAA